AUGACAGAAAAAACGGUAAUACAACGUUCACAUGAAGCUGUUAAAAAAGAAGUUUCAUCAUAUAAUGAAUUAUUUCAAGAUUCAGCAUCUGUCGAUAAACGAAAAGAAGAAUAUAAAACAUUGGUAACGAAUUAUUAUAGUUUAUCAACAGAUUUUUAUGAAUAUGGUUGGGGUCAAAGUUUUCAUUUUGCAAAUCGAUUUCGUGGUGAAACAUUGUCAGAAUCAAUUCAACGACAUGAAUCUUAUUUAGCAUUAAGAAUGAAUCUUAAACCUGGCGAUAAAGUACUUGACAUAGGUUGUGGAGUUGGAGGACCAUUGAGACGUAUUGCAUACUUAAGUGGAGCACACGUCACCGGUGUCACAAUUAGUCCAUAUCAAAUUCAACGCGCUAAAGCUAUCGGUGUGCCCGCUAAUUGUCAGUUUAUUCAAGGUGAUUUUAUGCAAUUACCAUUUGAAGAUAAUACUUUCGAUCAUGUUUAUGUUAUUGAAGCGGCAUGCCAUGCACCAGAGAAGGCUAAAUGUUUUGCUGAAGUUAAUCGAGUACUUAAACCAGGUGGUUCAUUUAUUGGUUAUGAUUGGUGUAUGACUGAUAAAUAUGAUAAACAAAAUUCCGAACAUCUUGAAACAAAACGUUUGAUUGAAGAAGGUGAUGGGUUACCUGAUUUAAAAUCAACAGAUGAAUUAGUUGAUGAUUUAAAAUCAGUUGGUUUUACAAUUGAAGAAAGUCGUAUAAUACCUGAAGGUGAUAUUCCUUGGUAUCAACCAUUUAUAGGUGGUGAUUCAUACUUUUCAUUAGCAAGUUUUCGUACAACUACACUUGGUCGAUGGGUAACACGUAAUAUGGUUUGGGCUAUGGAAAAAUCUAAAUUAGCUGCUGAGGGUACUAUUGGAACACUUGAAAUUCUCGAAAAAGCAGCUGUAGGUUUAACACGCGGUGGUAAAAGUGGCAUCUUCACACCUUAUUUCUUUUUUCUUGCACGUAAAUCUUAA